GGGCUCGAGGACCUGGCUGCCAACCACGCGCGCCUCUUCGGCGACGGCCGGCCCUGGGGCUCCUUCACGGUGCUCGACAACGCCGCCUGGUUCCAGGAGCAGCACCUCGUGGACUUUCUGGCCACCAUGGGCGGCCACUUCCGCAUGGGCACGCUGCUGAGCCGCCUGAGCGUGCAGAGUCGCCUCAAGAGCCCCGAGGGCAUGAGCCUGGCCGAGUUCUUUUACCAGGUGCUGCAAGCCUACGACUUCUACCACCUCUUCCGGCACUACGGCUGCCGCGUGCAGCUCGGCGGGGCGGAUCAGCUGGGCAACAUCGUAUCGGGCUACGAGUUCGUCCACAAGUUGACCGGAGAAGAUGUAUUCGGAAUCACUGUCCCACUGAUUACAAGUACAACUGGAGCAAAGCUGGGGAAGUCGGCUGGCAACGCCGUCUGGCUAGACCGAGAGAAGACAUCACCAUUUGAGCUUUAUCAGUUCUUUGUCAGACAACAGGAUGAUUCUGUAGAAAGGUACCUGAAGCUCUUCACUUUCCUUCCCCUUCCAGAGAUCGAUCACAUUAUGCAGUUGCAUGUCAAAGAACCAGAAAAGCGGGGUGCUCAGAAACGACUGGCUGCAGAAGUAACAAAGCUUGUUCAUGGACAAGAAGGUCUGGACUCUGCUAAAAGGUGUACACAAGCCCUUUACCAUAGCAGCAUAGAGGCACUGGAGGUCAUGUCUGACCAAGAAUUAAAAGAAUUGUUUAAAGAAGCUUCAUUUUCUGAAUUAGUUCUUGACCCUGGAACAAGUGUCAUCGAUACAUGUCGCAAAGCAAAUGCCAUUCCAGAUGGUCCCCGAGGGUAUCGGAUGAUAACAGAAGGCGGAGUCAGCAUAAAUCACAGACAGGUAACAAAUCCUGAGAGUGUUUUAGUGAUCGGACAACAUAUUCUCAAGAAUGGACUUUCCUUACUUAAAAUAGGAAAAAGGAAUUUCUACAUUAUAAAAUGGCUUCAGUUAUGAAAGAUUUUGUACAAAAUUAUCCAUCAUUUUUCAAAUCAUAGUGGGUUUUCAAAACCAAGAAUGGAACAAACACAAGGUCUUACAUUGUAAAUACUUUUGUGCAUUAUUAAAUAAAUAAAGUGUUAUUUAAAUGUGUUAUUCUUAUGAAA